AAACCUGGAAGCUCGCAUGAUCCCAGCUCUUGCAAUUGUGCCCCAGGACGACGUGGAGGGGGCAUUCACCGAGCUUGCGUCCAGCAUCCGCGCAGAACUUCUCCCGGUGGUCGACUACUUCGAGGAUGUGUUUAUUGGGCGGCUAACGGCACGGGGCAGAAGAGAUGCGCAGUUUCCAAUUAAGCUAUGGAACCACCACGACACCGUUCUCCAGGGCGGCUCCAAGACCACGAACUCAGUGGAAGCCUGGCACCGGAGCUUCCAAGCUCAUGUUCAGUGCUCGCACCCAACUCUCUGGAGAUUCUUGGAGGUGCUACAACGAGAAGACGCCCUGCAACUUCACCGGCUUGGAAGACUCGAGAUGGGCCAGCGCUUCAAGCAGGCCUCGAAAUACGCGAAGGCUGCAGAACGGUUAAAGACACUUGCUAGAGAAUACGACGCUAGUGAUGUGCAACGCUUCCUUAGGGGAGUUGCCCGCAACGUGUCGUUCUAG